AUGAACACAGCCGCCAUCGCCAUCGCCAGCACGACCACGACCACCAGUAACAGCAACAGCAUUAGUAGAUAUGAUACUAGUAACACCAACACCACCACCUCCUCCUUCACCAACCUCAAGACCAACGUCAAUCGUAGAUCCUCAGCUGCGGCCAUAGUGGACAUUGAAAUGUUCACAAUGGGCCCGUCAGCAAAUAAAUACCACAACACGUUUACCAGACCCGCCUCGAUAACAAAAAGUAUCUCAGCCUCAGCGGCCAGCACAGACAACAACAAUGCCAACAAUGACUACCAGCAGCAACAAUUUCUACAACAACUGCAACAUUUGCAUCAUAAGGAGAAAUUCUUGAAGAACUACAUCGUGCCACAUGCCCACCAUCCACAAUGUGGUCUGCCCGAAUCAUUGCGUAUUAUCGAAACGGUUAUAGCCGAAGAUGCCGAAACGAAUGCCAACACGCCGGAAUCACAAACCGACAGCACCACCACCACCACAACCACUACGAACUCAUCAAUGCAUCUGAUACAGCAACUGCAGCAUCAGAGUGCUGCCAACAUAAUGGCAGCUUCAUCCACAUCAUCGUCGUUAUCUAUUUAUAAUACCGCCUUACCACAAUCGUUCUCAUUCUCACCCUCCAGCACCAUGACCACUGACGCCACCACGAACACUUCAUUUAUGACGGCAUCCGCCUCGGUGCCCACUUCGGUAUCGGCUGCAUCGUCAAAUACCUCAACUACCAACAAUAAAUACACUAGGAAACGAGAACGUGUCUGUAACUCAACUAGCAACUCAAAUACCACUAUUUCGAAAUUGGCCAAUUGUAGUAGAGCCUUUUCGAAAUAG